UAAUUUUACCAAAGGUGGAGGUGGUUGUUUAAUAACGGCGACGCGGCACGAAAGCGAGGGAGAACGAGGACCGAGAGAGCGAGAAGCGGGGUACAGGAGGCGGGGCAAGAGAGAGGUAAUAGAGGAGGAGUGAUGAGCAGUAGGGUUCCGCUGGGCCUUUCUCCCUCUUCCUCGCCCUCCCUCUCCCCUUCCCCCGUGCUCAAUGGUAACAAUAAUAACCCCCAAAUCCCUGCCCUCCGCGUCCCUCCUGGGCUCGGGGUAAGGGUUAGAGUUUCUCGAAGCAGCGGCGGCGGAGGCUUCCCUCCCUCCUCCUCUCCGGCUCUCGGAAUCCGGAACCCCUCGAGACCAGCAGGAAUUUGCAGAGCCAGUCAAUCGGUUGAUUUGUUUCCCUCCAUUUGCCCCGAGGUGGUUGUUCGAGAUGCACGAUUGGAAGAUUGUUGGGAAGUGGCAGACACUCACUGUAGCUCCUUCUUUCCAGAUUAUACUUUCCCAGUAGAUCUGGUUCUGAGGAUCGACCGAUUUGUGGCGUUGCUAUCUGGAUUCUCAGUGCCUCCAGGUUGCAUGAGGACAUGCCUUGUUGCUGUUACGGGUACUUCAGUCAAUGAUAACAUAUAUGUUGGAUGCGAGGACUUCAAAGUUGGAGGCUUUGAGGGAAGAUUCAGCUUUAGCAGGCGAUCGGUGGCUGGAAUUCUGACAGUAGAUACCGUGGCUGAUUUCCUUCCUAGAAAAGGCCCACUUCGACAAAGAAGAAGUGGGAUAGCAUAUAUAUCUAAUGUUGCAGUUCGGGAGGCAGACAGGCGGAGGGGCAUCGCCAAAAUGCUUAUUGCCAAGGCAGAGGCCCGAGCCCGGAGCUGGGGCUGCCGUUCCGUUGCACUGCAUUGUGACGCAAACAACUUGGCCGCCAUGAGAUUGUACAAAGGCCAGGGCUUUAAAUGCAUCAGCGUGCCAGAACACGCGAGGUGGCCCCAGCCAAAGACUUCCCCGGGUACCAAAUUCAACUUUAUGAUGAAACUACUGUCCCAAAAAGGAGCCAGCUGAUGGAGUAGGUGUGGGUGCUACAGCUGCAUUUGCUGCUGUCGGCCCAGCUCUUCAUGGUUGCAGAAUGGGUUCAGUGGAUUGUGUACUAGUGGAGUGGACAAGUCGAAUUGCCAUAGGUCAUGUUCUCCUUGAUCGUAUUCAGUGGUCGAUGUAUUUACCCUGUACUCGAAAGCUUCUUGUCAUAUGUUGCUCAGCGGAGGAAGAUGAAAAUGUUGUAUGCUUAUGAUCCUGGUCUGCGGUUAAAAAGCUCAAAUUACUGAACGUA